CAUCAGAUUACAUCAACAAGAGAAAUUCAUCUCCAAAAUCAAGAACAUUUCUCAAAUGCAAUUUCUUCACAAACACAAAAUUUAUUAAAUGAUUCCUCAACAGUUGAACACCAAAAUGAAAUGGAGUCUGAAGAUUUAACAUGUGAAGUGUCAGAACUUGAAAACUUUGUUGAGGAACUGUUCAAUUUCAACGACGGUGUUUUUGCGUCAUACACUGUAACUCCAUUUAGUGAUUACGAUGACGAGGAAAUUUCGAGACAGUUAAUUCAUUUUUGUAAAGCUCCAAUUGGAAUCGAUUUAAUUAAAUUUAAAGGAGCUUGUGACAUACUGUUUUCAGAUUCAUCAAAGGACGAAAAAGUUACAACACAACAACAACGAAAAAAAAUUGUUCAAAACAUCAUAAAUCAUUUGACAACCAAAUACAAAUUUUCUGAUACGUGUUGUUCAAUUUUGAAACAAUCGUUAGUGAUUUCUUCAUCUCAAUUGACUCCAGAAGCAGUUGAUAUAUAUAAAAAACUCGCAGUUAGUUUUAGAAGUGCGCGUAGUCGACUGAAGAGUGAAAACAGUAUCACAUCGACACAACUUAUUAACGAUGUUAGAAAUUGUGUAUGUUUUGCCAUAGCAACUGAUACGUAUAAAAAGGAUGGUAUAACAUUUGUCGCAAUUUUUAUUCGUGUGUGCAUGAAAUUUGAUUUUUAUGAGUGUCCCUUGUUAUUGUCAGAGUAUUUUGGAGAAAGUGAUGGUGAAUCAAUGUGUGAAUGGAUUUUUAAUUCACUUGCUUUUGAUACCAACAAAGAAGUGUUGUUCCCAUUGCGCAAAUUUAUUGGAAGCACACAAGAUGGUGCAUUAGCAAAUAUGGGGUGUGAUAACGGUAUGAUUAAACACGUGAAAAUGAAACUGUUUUAUGGAGUACACUGCCCCGCUCAUAGAUGCAACUUGUUUGCACAAGAUGUAGGAAUGGAAGCACCAUUUGAUAUAGUGACAACAUUUAUUAAAUGGUUGUGUAAUUCAACGAAGCUAAAAGAAUACUACACUUUUUGCAAUUCCAACAACAUAAAGAAAUGUAAAUUGUCCACUUACUCUGCAACAAGGUGGAAUUAUAUGGCAAAUUCUUCGUCUGCAAUUUUGAAAAGCGAAUCUUUAAUUGAGCAAUUUGUCCAAGACGAAGAACAACAGGCAGAUGUAUUUGGUGAAAUGGUCGAAAAACAAAUUAAAGAAUUUGACGUUGAAAUGCAAGAUUAUAUCGAAAUAUUUUCUUUGAACAACUCCUAUAUACAUUUUAGUGUGUGUUUGUUCAAUGAUAUUUACACACUUGUAAACGAGUUGUGCAUUGAAUCACAAACACGUCUUUGUAUACUUCCAGACCUUAUAGAAACAACAAAAUGUUUUGGAGUUUACAUUGAUGUUAUAAUCAAAUCAGUCAAAGAAUCAAUUGAAAAUAAAACAGAACUUGACGAGUGUUAUUUCCCUAAAACUUCAAAGUGUAUAAAUAAUCCGUCAGUUGUACUUCAAGUUCUAAUGAAGUUAAAAUUUCAAUUCGAAUUGCGUUAUUUUAAUUGUGAUCAAACGAUUAAUGUUAACACAAAAACACAAAUUGAUUGUGAACAUUUUAUAAUAAGAGAAGCACUUGAAAAAGAAAUGAUAGAAAAACGAGAUUUGGAUUAUUUAUUUGAUAUUUUCUAUUGUCCAGAAACUAUCAUUAUGGAAGGUAAAUUCACAGCUGGUCCAGGUUAUGAAGAUAUUCAAAGAGAAAUAGAUUUAUUUGGCGUUGAAAUUGAACGAAUCCGUGUCCAACAAGGGUUGUCAAUCGAGAAAUUUUGCUGUGAUUUCAGAUCAAAACAUCAUCAGAGUGUAUUUGAACAAAAAAUAAGAGAAAGAACUGGAAUCAAAAGAAGAAUCAGUUUACGCGACUUUUUUCCUUUUAAGCGGGAAGAAUUCCCAAAGUUGUACGAAGUUGUGUGUUGCUGUAUUGCAAUAAUACCAAGUUCUGCGUGUAUUGAAAGGUACUUUUCAAAUGUCAAAUUUGCCCUAAGAGCCAAUUUAAAAAUUGAAACACUUUUUGCAAUGCUUCAGGAAGCACUUGGCAGUUAUCGAGAGAAGACUUCAAUUUCUUUAAAUUGA